UAAAAAUAUAAUAUAACAUAUAGCUUGAGAAAAUAUUUUGUUUUCUUUUUUAAAAGAUUUCGAAUAUGAAAUAAUACAAUCCUAUUGGUUGGUGAACCUAGAGGUUCACCCCCUAGGGUUUAGGGUGAACCCAAGAAUAAGUCUUUAAAAAACAAGGAAACGUUCUCUUUCUAAAACACGUUCUCUCUCUAAACCCUCUCCAAAAAGAAUUCCCGAUCUUGCCUCCGGCGGUCUCUUUCCCUUUUCACCGUCGGAGGGCGCCUCCUCCUCCCUUCCUCUCCGUUUUCCUUUGCUUCAUCUUCCCCCUUAGCCGCUCUUCGAUAUGCGGCUUUCCCUGGAGCUCGAACGUUCGCCGGCGGAGGAGCCUAAGCCAACUCUGGCGGUCGCCUCGUUCCUCUGGUGACGCUGCAAGACUGGUGUACGACGGCGGGAAGUUGAAGUCGGUUCUUUGGAUAGGGUUUCGGCUGGAGUCGAUUUUCUCUUUUUAGAUCUACGCGAAACUCUGCGUAUGGCGGCGCGUGGCUACGGUGGGGGACUCCUCCGACCCGGAUCUGUCCUUUCCUCCGGUUGUUUCUAUUUUUUGUUGUCCCGGUGGAGUGGUUGUGUCGGUCUUUGUUUUGACUAGUUCGAGUUGUUGUUUAGAUUUUAUUUUCUUUUUCCGUUUCUUGUCGUCAUUGUUCUUUUGUCAAAAACUUGAAAAUUGGUAAUAAUAUCUUUACAUUUUUACCAAAAAAAAAAACUCUGCAAUACAAAAUAAAUUUUCAAAAUAAUUCUGGAGUAAACUUUUCCAAAAAAUCUACAUUUAAAUCUAAAUUACUUUACCUAAUAAUUGUACCAAAAGUUAACAACUUGCAUCUAUAUCAAUACGUGUUUUAAUUUUGAAACAAAUAUCCGUAAUAGUUACAUAUUUCCUGGUUAGUAUUAUUUACAAAAUGAAAAUCUCUAUAACAGAAUUGGAUUUAAAUGGAAAUUAAAUUUAGGUUUAGAACUUUUUUUUAAUUUAGGUUUAGAUUUAUAUUUAGGAAAAUAAAUCUUAAAGUAUUAUAUAGCCGUUGUCGAAUUGCAUUUAGGAAAGUGUAGUUUUCAAAAAAUAAAAUAAAAGAUUUAAUUUUCAAAUUUCAAACUGUUAAUGGAGUAAAUUUAAAAUUAUCCCUUUAUUUAGUAUAUAUAUAUAUAUAUAUAUAUCUACUUAUAAAUGUAUAUAUACUAUACCGGUAUUCUCGCAUAUGUUUAUCUCUAUUUUCAACCAUCAGUAAAUUAUUUUAAAAGUUGGAUAUCUUCAUAUACAAAAUAGUAAAAUGUACAAAAUAAUAUAAUUUAACAUAUACAAAAAAUAUGAAUUUUUAUUAUAUCUCUAAUGUGAUUAUUCAAUUUAUGUUAAUAAUAUAAAAUUAAACAAAAAUAAUAGAUGAUACACAAAUUGUUAUCAAAUCUUUCUUAUUUAAAUUAAUUAAUUAUCAGAUAUUUUUUAGUCAUAUUAGAUAAUUCCGUAACUUUUAUUUAAGAAAAAAAUAGAUAAUUUUUUUUUGUAGAUUGCUAAUUAAUUUUAUGGUUAAAUUAAGAGGAUUAAUAAUAAAUAUAGUUUAUGUUUAUUGACCAACAUAUCUGUUUAAAAAUUCUAAAAAUUAUUCUAAUGAUGACAAUCGGCAUAUUUUACAUAUUGUAAUGCUUCUCAGUUAUUAUAUAGAUAUCUAACCUUAUAAACAACUUUUCAAAGAUCCUUUUUGUUUUUGUGUUUGUUAUCAGUGUAUAAAAAGCAUACCACUAAUAGACUCAUGAGCAGAUCUAGAUAGAGGUUAUAGAAGAAAACAUAAACAACAUUUGUCUCCUUCCGGGUAGACAUGCAAGCACUUACCUCUUUCUUCGUCUCUCGUUCCCUCGUCCCGACCACUCCAAGGCGACCUCGAGUGCGACCACUAUCAGUACCUCCCAUGACCGUUUGCAUUGACCAAUCACGCAAUGAGAAAGUGGUUGUCAUCAUGGGAUCCACCGGGACAGGAAAGUCACGCCUCUCAGUCGAUCUUGCAACUCGUUUUUCCGCCGAGAUCAUCAACUCUGACAAAAUGCAAUUCUACAAAGGCUUGGAGAUCACGACGAAUCAAAUCACUAUCCCUGAGCGAUGUGGAGUUCCUCACCAUCUACUCGGUGAGCUUCCUGUGGAUGGCCCCGAACUAACUGCCUCGGAGUUCCGAUCUUUGGCGUCAGGGUUCAUCUCUGAGAUGACCUCUCGUGGGAAGCUCCCUAUAAUAGCAGGUGGAUCUAACUCCUUCAUUCAUGCCCUCCUUGUUGAACAUUUUGACCCUGAAACAAAUCCAUUCUCUAAAACCUUGAUACCUACCGAGUUGAGGUACGAUUGCUGCUUCCUCUGGGUGGACGUCUCAGUCUCAGUCCUGUACCACUACCUCUCAAAACGUGUCGACCAAAUGAUGGAAUCAGGGAUGUUCGAGGAGCUCGCCGAUUUCUACAACUCUAGAGACUCCCGGUCCACAACCCGAACCGGGAUUCACAAGUCUAUAGGAGUACCGGAGUUCGACCGGUACUUCGGAGUCUACCCGCCGGAGAAAAACGACAAGGUGUGUGGGUGGGACCCAGCAAGAAAGGUUGCGUACGAGGAAGCAGUUCAGGAGAUCAAAGAAAACACCUGGAGGCUUUCAAAGAAGCAGAUAGAUAGGAUCAUGAAGCUUAGAAGCAGUGGUUGGGAGAUUCACAGGUUGGACGCUACGGCAUCAUUCAGGGCACAGUCAAGAGAGGUUUGGGACAAGAACGUUUUGGAGAAAAGCGUCAAGAUAGUGAAACGCUUCGUGCUCGAAGACUAGGUGUUUCAAUUUUUCUAUCAUUCUCCUCAUAUUAUCAAUAAAUACAAUUUUUACUAUGUAUCACUUCCUCUCUUUCAGUUUUGUUAUAUUUAAGAAAAAUAUAUCUUUUCUCAAAAAUAAGUGAUGCUCUGAGCUCUCACAACUAUAUAAAAUUAAUGCCAUUAAUA